UGGGAGGCAUGGUGCUGAGGGUAGGAAAAAGGAGUAGUAGACUCAUACACUGGAAGGGAUAGUACUAAAAAUUAAGUACAAAAGAGUACUGUUACAGAAACUUUUCUCUAGGUGUCCCACACUCAUUCCAAGGUCCAGAUUAGAGCUAGACUUACUUACCCUGUUGCCCUCCUGCCCCGCACUUCUCAGCAAAUCUUUUAUAGACUCUACCCAAGUUCUUCUCUUCUUAUCCUUACUUGACCCUCUGCCACACAUCUGACAUCUGACCUCAUAAUCCCUCAACUGCAGCCUCAGGCCCCACCCUUAGCAAUGCUGAUUAUCCACAACUGCCAAUAGCUCCCUCCUCUCUGCCCAGUUUGGGCCUUCUUGGCCUAUGGGAUCCAUCUGGUCCCCCACUCCCCCAACCCCAUGGCCCCCACUUGACCUCCCCCCAAGAUCUCCUGAACACCCUACUUCUGCAUGAGUGAUCACGCCCCUCUCUGAAGACUGAGACAAUCUUGAGAGUAUGUUCAUCUACAUCAAACAUGGAGAUAAUCAGCAGUUUCUGGUCAAUACCAAUUGCGCUGUCCUCCUGUUGCUGCAUUACACCCGCAGUAAAUUGGGGUUGUCUAAAACAGACACCAUCGAUUUGUGUGAUGAAACGGGGACAAUGAAGAUGCUAUUCCUGACGAAGACCCCAGGAGACUACGCCAGCAAUUUCCUUACACCCCGAAACACCUACUACGUUUGUAGGGUGGACCGUGGGCCAUGAGGAACCCGAUUUGAGAAUGCCUACAGAGCUUUUGUGCCUCUCCUGAAGAAUCCAGAGCCUGAGCUAAUUGACGCAUUGCACACACAAUGUGACUUCCUAGAGAGGAACAGAAUAAAAAUGCUUAGAAGCCAAGAAGUCAAGAAGGUCAUUCCAGUUGAGUCUUCCGUGCACCUACCAGUACGAACCCCCAAACGAGUACAAAUUAUCAGGAUGAGCAGAGGAAGAGGGGGCCACUAGUCUGCUCUUUAAGACCAGAGCAGACUUUCUCAGCAGGAGGGAAAAAUAUCGCUAACUAAAUAAACUCACCAAGCUAAAGCAGUAAUACUAGGUAUGAAAUUACUGGGAUUUAACAUGAGGUCCCCUUUUCUAGAAAGACUCCUUCCCCCAAUAUCUGCCCCAAGAGUUAAGUAGCCCUGGGCAUCAUGGAGAUUCUGAGGGUAGGUUGGGGCGGGAGGACAGAGCAAGGGUGAGCACAUGGGUGGGGGUGAGGGAAGACUGUGAAGUCUAGUACAAUGAGCCUUUGAGGGAUGGAGUAGGGGGUAGGAUUCUCUCAGACCAGACUAUCUCCCCUGCAAAGUCUAUUCCACAGCCCACCUACUCCUACUGGGGCAUUUUCCCUCUCCUGCCACACUCCACCACCUCCCCCAGCUGAAAUCCCCCACCCCCCACCUCUCUGCCUCUGGGCAAUCCCACCCUACUGCCCUGCUCUUCCCCUCCGCCUUCCCCCUUAUCCCAGGGGAGCAGCAAGGCGGCAGAAACCAGAGCUGGUUAUAGGCAUUUAUUGAAUUUAUUCAUUUAUUGAUUUGACACACUUCCCCACUCCAAUCUAGCACAUGAUACAAUCUGGGUAGGCCAGGCGCUGACACAGGAAAUGAUGGGAACCCACAG